AGUAUUCGAUUAGCCAUAGUGACAUAAACAUAUAUUGUUGGAAAAAUUAAUAAUUUAUACAAUCGAUAAUUAUCAGAAAUGUAUUACCUCAGCCUUGUUUUCUUAACUUAUUUAUUGUCGGAGUCUAGUGGAGCAAUUGCUCCUUUUAUUAAACCGUGCAAAAGCGAUGACACCGAAUGUCUUAUAGCCAGUACUCAAAAUGCAAUUCCAUACCUAGGAAAAGGUAUUCCUGAGCUGGGUGUUCCCCCUGGCGACUCACUAACAUUUAAGGAAAUUAACGCUGAUCAGGGUGAAUUAAAACUUACUUUCAGAGACUUGAAAUUAGUUGGCACUAGUAAGUGCCAGGUCAUAAAUGUUAAGAGAGACGUCGAAAAAUCGACUAUUUCAAUUGAGAUUGACUGUCCCUUAUUAAUCACUGGUCUUUAUAAGUUAGAUGGCAAACUUCUUUUCAUCCCAGCACAAGGAGAUGGCAAUAUUGAACUUAUGACAGAUAAAGCUAAGAUCUUUGCCACGUUAAAAUAUAAGACAAUCAAUGGAAAUAACGGGCAAAAACAUUGGAAAAUUACCGGCUAUGACUAUUCCUAUGAUCUUGUCGAGAGAGUUUAUAUCAAACUUGACAAUCUUUUCAAUGGAGACGAAGCAAGAGCUAAACCAAUUCUUGACAUUUUGAACAACAGCUGGAAGGAAUUAAUUGGUGAGAUUGGAGGACCUAUCAUCAAGGAACUGAUAGCUAAAGCCGUAGACUCAAUAAAGAAGCUAUUGAUAGUUGUACCUAUUUCUGAACUCGAAAUAUCAUAGGUAAUACGUAAAAGCACAAUAUAACGCCAGUUACGAGUACCUAUCAGUUUUAAGGACUUAAGUUUAAGAUAUUUUUAUAAACAGCAAAAUAAUGAACAUCUCUAAACAUAAAGUAAGGUGGACUGGUUAUCAAAAAUAAAGUUUGUAGAUCCUAGUUGCUUGGGAAGGUUAUACUUUAAGAAGUGUAUUGACGUUUAUGUAACUUGUAUGUAGUUUCCUUAAAAUGAAUACUACAUAUUAAGGAAACUUAAUAAAAGUUAUUAUGAAUAAAAAAUAUUAUUUUACGGAAAAAUAACAAAUUGCAUUUUGAAGGAAUCUCAAUAAAAUUUUAUAAGUUAUUUUUGUCAUUUUAUUUUUGCUACUUUAGUAUCUAGGAAAAUUUAGGAGAUUAAGUUUAUUAAAAGCUGUGAAAAUGUCUAAUAAAUACUUUAUAUGUACGUUUUAUAUUUAAAAAUAAAUUUCUACUGCUGG